CUGAUGGACCUACAUCAUCAUGAGCGCGUCUUUUAUUUGCAGGCCCUCCCUGCCUCUCCCCUGUGUCAUGCAGCUCUGGGAACGGUGUCCCUAACGUUAAGCCCUGCGAACGCAGCCAUUCACCUUGACCUGCCCACCCCAGCCCCCCACCUCUCUACCAUAGCCUCCGGUGGCUGGUGCUCUCCCACGUCCCCAGUCUGUUCCCGACACAGCAGGAGUGAUGUGUUUGAAAGUGUGUCAGGUCUUGUUGCGUCCAGUGCAUGUGGGAGGUCUCUGUGGUUUGGCUGCUUGGGAAGCUUCCCCUCCGUUUCUAGUCUGCUGAAGGCACUCUGCUCUCUGGUCUUCCCCGUGUCCCUGGAAUGCCCCUGGUCAUCUUUCUGGUCUCAACUUAGUUGUUUUUCCGUCCCCCACCCCCGGACAAGUUCCCUGGGCUGCCCCUUCCCCAGCUCUUGGCCAAGCCUCCGUACCUCCCCCAACCCUACUCCCUCAUUUUCCUAAGCAAGUCAAGGAGGGCAGGGACAUUUUGAAAGAGAGCAAAAUGAGAAGUGGACACAGGGUAACGGGAGCACCAUGGAGGGAGUGACCCAGUUUGCCUGGGAAGGCUUUGUGGAAGCAGGGGCACUUCAGGGGUGUUCUGAAGGAUGAACAGGAGUUUGCCAGGUCUUGAAGGCAGAGGGAGGGUGUUGCGGGUGAUGAGCAGCUUGAACAGGGGUGAAGGUGUGAGAGCUGACGACUUACUUUGAGCAGGUGAGGAGUCCACUCUGGCUAGUAAUGCAGGGUGGUAUAAUGCUUACACCCUGAGAAAGAUGACACCCCAAAGGAGGCCCUCAGGUGCACUUGAAGGGAGCUGGGGUUGCCCCUUCAGCUGAAGGGCACAGGGAGGGGGCAGCAGGAGUGGCUCCCAGGAAGAGGGUAAAGGGCAGGCCAAUCUGUGGCCUCCCUGGGCUGGGCUGGGCAGAUCAAAGGCAGGUGGUGGAAGGCUCAUGGUGCUCCUGGGCAGGCUGAGGGUUUUGAACUUUGUCCUGUGUGCAAGCAGAGGACGGUGUCAGAGCAUGUGAUGAGAGCACUUCAGCUGGUUCUUCCCAGAACAGAGCCCGGGCCCGUGUGUCUGUCUGCCCCGAGAUAGGACAGACGGCAUUGUGGUGGGUGGGAGUGGUUCUUUGUGGAAGUUUGGGUCCCAGUGCCUGAGAAUAAGACUAGCUUUCCACUGGCUGGGACGCUGCUUGUGGGCAGCCCUGAAUUCAUUUGCUACCAUUUUGUGACCCUGGGAGAGGGAUUCCCCAAAUAUACGGGUCUCCCCAGUGGCUACAAGAUGUGCACAUAAAGACAGUGGUGGAGGCUGUCACUCAGCAGAUCUGAAGUCACGUUAGUGCCCUCCCACCCCUUUCCUCCCUUCUCCACUCCUUCACCUGUCCCCUCUGCCCCUCCUCCACCUCUCCUCCUCCUCCACCUGUCCCCUCUGCCCCUCUAACACCUGCCGCCUCCCAACUCCUCCACCUGUCCCUGCCCGUCCUCUGCCUCAACAUCUCUUUCCAAGCUUCCUGGGUUCUUAUUUUCUCCACCCUCUUUUAGAACUUACCAAGUCUUAGAAGGACGACUGCUUCCAGCCUGGACUCAUUAGCUUUUCUUAAACCGCCUGAUGUGGAAUGCCUGCAUGGUCUCCCCGAAGCAUGGUUUCCCUAGAAGUGCCUGAACCUGCUUGGCGAUUGUGAUGUGUCAGAAGGUGGCCUGUCUGGUAGUCCCAGUGAUUUCUGGCUCUCCAGAUUGGGAUGGGCCAUGCUGGACUGAAUAGCACUGGGUCCUUUUGAAGAACUUCUGAUCCCUUUAACUCUGCGGGGGAGGAAACCAUACUCUGGCAUUUGACAUAAGAACAGGCUGAUUUCCUAAUGGGAAGCCGGUUGUGCAGACUGUGGGGAGAGGGGUCCAUGAGGUGGGCUUCUGCACUCUCAAAUGACCUUUUUAAAGAGAAGCAGCUUCUGUGCAUUCCCGUUUUACACAAACGACACUUCCCCCACAACCUGGAUCCCACAGAACAGGGGUCAGCAGUGUCCUGAAAAGGGCCAGACAGUGAGUCUUUCUGGGCCAAGUGAUCUCUGUCGCAACCACGCAGCUCUGUAGGAGUCCUGAGAGCCGCCAGAGGCCCUGCAUACGGGAAUGGGGCAGCUGUGUUCCAGUGAAACUUUAUUUAGAAGCACAGGAGGUGGGCUGCACGAGGCCUCUGGGUUGAGCGGUCCUCUGUUCCCCACAAUGGCCCAUGGUGGCCUGUGAGUACGGCAUGGUGCACGUGGUCUCCGAGGCAGGGGGCCCCAAAGGCAAAGACUACUGCAUUCUCUACAACCCACAGUGGGCCCACCUGCCACAUGACCUUGGCAAAGCGACUAGCUGGUGUAAGCGCCACCCUCCCCAGUCUCUCCUGCAGCUGCGGGACUGGACGGCCUCCGUGCUCUGCUCUGCACCCGACCUCCCCGCCAAAGGCUUCAGCAACCAGAUCCCGCUGGUGGCCCGGGGAAACUGCACCUUCUAUGAGAAAGUGCGGCUGGCGCAGGGUGGCGGGGCCCGCGGGCUGCUCAUCGUCAGCAAGGAGAUGCUGGUCCCCCCAGGAGGCAACAAGACACAGUAUGACGAGAUUGGGAUUCCCGUGGCCCUGCUCAGCCACAAAGACAUGCUGGACAUCUUCAAGAGUUUUGGCCAAGCAGUGAGGGCAGCGCUAUAUGCCCCCAACGAGCCCAUGCUGGACUACAACAUGGUCAUCAUCUUCAUCAUGGCCGUCGGCACCGUCGCCCUUGGGGGCUACUGGGCCGGGAGCCGGGACGUGAAGAAAAGGUACAUGAAACACAAGCGGGAUGACGGGCCCGAGAAGCAGGAGGACGAGGCCGUGGACGUGAGCCCCGUCAUGAUCUGUGUCUUUGUGGUCAUGUGCUGCUCCAUGCUGGUGCUGCUCUACUACUUCUAUGACCAGCUCGUCUAUGUGAUCAUCGGGAUUUUCUGCCUGUCCUCCUCCACGGGCCUCUACAGCUGUCUGUCACCAUUGGUCCAGAGGCUGCCAUUUGGCAGAUGCAGGGUCCCCGACAACAGCCUGCCCUACUUCCGCAAGCGCCCUCGGGUCCGCAUGCUGCUCCUCGCCCUGCUCUGCCUGGCCGUCAGCGUGGUGUGGGGGAUCUUCCGGAACGAGGACCAGUGGGCCUGGAUCCUUCAGGACGCGCUGGGCGUCGCCUUCUGCCUGUACAUGUUGAAAACCAUCCGCCUCCCCACUUUUAAGGCCUGCACGCUGCUGCUGCUGGUGCUGUUCGUCUACGACGUCUUCUUUGUGUUCAUCACGCCCUUCCUGACCAAGAGCGGGAACAGCAUCAUGGUGGAGGUGGCGACCGGGCCCUCGGACUCGGCCACCCACGAGAAGCUCCCCAUGGUCCUGAAGGUGCCCAGACUGAACGCCUCGCCGCUGGCCCUGUGUGACCGGCCCUUCUCCCUACUGGGCUUCGGGGACAUCCUGGUGCCAGGCCUGCUCGUGGCAUAUUGCCACAGAUUCGACAUCCAGGUACAGUCGUCCAGGGUCUACUUCGUGGCCUGCACCGUGGCCUACGGCAUCGGCCUCCUGGUGACGUUCAUGGCGCUGGCCCUGAUGCAGCGCGGCCAGCCCGCUCUCCUCUACCUGGUGCCCUGCACGCUGGUGACAAGCUGCGCCCUGGCGCUCUGGCGCAGGGAGCUGGGCAUGUUCUGGACGGGCAGCGGCUUUGCGAAGGACCUACCUCAGUCUCCUUGGGCGCCAUCUGCAGCCGAGGACCCGCAGCCUCGGAAGGACUCCGACACCGGCCUCCCCCAGCCGCCUCCAGGCGAAGGACUGGCCAAGUGCCCCCCGCCCACGGAGCAGCCCCCGGAAGUGUCUGCGCCCGAGGAGAUGGGGGCCGGAGCCCCCCCGCAGGAGCCCACAAGCCCCGCAGGCCCCACCCCCGAGCCCACGAGCCUGGUAGGCGCCUCGGCCUAGGAGGUGGCGCAGACUCUCAGGCCCUCGGGGCUGUCCCGCCACGCCGAGAGACCCCGAGACUGGACCUGCCCGGCCCCCAACUUGGUGCUCCGGUCUGGCCGAUGUCCCCGCUCUUUCUCCUCGAGCCGAGCCCAGCUGCAGCCCGGACCCUCUCCAGCCCCGCUCCCAGCUCGCGUGGCUGCCACGAGCCCCUGCCCCGCUCUGGCCCACGACGUCACCAUCCGCGUCACGCGAGCGUCCAGCUCCACGGUCCUGCCUGUCAACUCGGUGUUUCCUUGGCAAGGGCAGGAAGCGCCACCUCCGACCGCCCACGGCUACAGAUCGCCCACAUCUGGUGCUUACCACGCUGCCGCUUCCCUCAGGUGGUCGCCCGCGCCACACUGGGCCGGACGCCGGUCGGCAGAGCCCCGUAGUGCAGCCCGGCUGGUGUGCGUGCCGCCGGCUGGCCGGGGUCGGCGGGGGCCGCGCAGGAGCCUCUUCCGUCCGCCCGGGCCGCCCGCAUCUGUGGUCCAGCUUCGCCGCCUGCUAAUAAACGGCCACGACUUGUUGAACUCGGGUGGUGUCGCCUCUUGGGUCUGAGUCUCUGGGACGGCCCUCGUCGGGGCAGCUGGGCGCCCCGUUCACGGGGCUGCGUCUUUCCCGUCAGCUCCGUUCUUUCGGGUUAGAGGGACUGGGGGGUGCCCCCACCCGCCUCAUGACAUCUGCACGCUCCCAACCCCACCCCAGCCCGGCCUCUGGGAACAACACUGGCCAGGCGAGCGCACUUUUUAUUUAAACCACCUGGGAGCUUCUAGAAUGUGGAGAAUAUUCUGGAACUGGCAUUUUGUCUUCUACCUCACUGACAGGGCUCUGCGAACGUCACGACGGGAAUGCUGCAGCAGGACUGGCCGCGGGGCGGCGGCCCCCACACCGUGGCACACGCCGGUCCACGCAGCCUCCAGCCUCAAGCCCAGAAAGCUGUGUCCACUGACGUGACGUGAAGGAACAGACCCCCCGGCCACGCGGCCCAGCUCUGUCCCCCGUCUGUCUGCUGCUCAGUUGCAGACAGCAGGCACGGGGUCAACCAUGAUCCAUUCCAAAAAAUACCAGCGCCAGACAGACUCACUCACAGCCUUUGUUAGCCAUGCUGCUCUAAGGAGGAAUGAUGUUUAUUCCAAAAAAAAAAAGACGUCUUCCACCUGUUUGUGUGUCUCUUAAAACAGCAGGUGACCCGGGAGGGAGACCAGCCGGCCCCAGGGAGCCGCCCGACGGGGAGGCCAGACCGGGGUGCAGGGUCUGAGCGGACCGUCCCCACGUCGACCCGCACGUCCCUCGAAGCCAUUGUGUACGUUGGCGUAGGAGCCAGAAUCUCUCCGUUUUCCGUGUUUGACAAGCGCCGGGGCGUUCGAAGGCGGGUGUUCGUUCCUGGGGUUUCCGCGUGCAGUCUCCGCUCGCUCCUGUUUGAGUCUUACAAUUAAACACAGCUUUUGAGAGCUGCUGCUUGGCCCUCGUCUCCUCCGUGCUGUGGCCCCGGCCGGCAGGGUCGGCUGCGCCGAGGUGUGGGAGCGAGUCCACGGCGGCCCGGCGGGGCUGGGUCCCCAUCCGCGGCGUGUGAGAGUCGAAGGAAGCUUGGCAGCCUGUCGCGGGCCCGUGGACUUGGUGUGAAGAGCUAGCUGGCCGGCGGCUGGGCUCGCCCCAGCACUCGGCGCGGCCACGGCCAGGACGCUGCUGGACAUGGAGAUGUGGAGUCCCACGUGGUUUUCCCAGGUCAUGGAAUAGCCUCCCCUGGAUAGUUUUCACCUAGUCAAAAAGGUGCAGCCCUUAGUGAGCGCCUGCGAAGGUCGCCCCCCAGCCCUGCCACCUGCGGUGGUGGCCACCAAGCUGUCCUCCGUGGGAGAGAAGGCGUGUCUCCAGGGCCGCUCCACUAGGCCGCAUGGGGCCGACGGAGAUGCAGAGACACAUCGACUCCUCCAAGACCACCCCGAGACCGGGUGCUCGGCACUGCGCACCGAGGGUCCCCAGCCAGGCCGCAGAGCCCGGGGGCUCUGGUGGCGCACGCCUUGGCCCGCCGGCCCUGCUCGCCCCGGACUGGUGCUGGGCCACGCCAUCGUGAGGGUGGCGAACGCGCGGGUGCCCAGGAGGGGGGCCCCAUGCGCUUGUGUCCACGGGGAGGGGUAGCACAAGUUGGCGCUGGGGAGACCGAGUUCCUGCUCUGUGUGGUGGGGCACAGCUCUGCGUGGACGUGGGACUGCAGAGUUGGAACAGUGCUGUGAGGACAGCGGUUUUGUUUUCCUGAGUCGCAGGGCUUACAUAGUUUUCAUUAACUAUUCAUUCCAUCCGU